AUGUAUUCUUUUUGUAGAGAUGGCAGCUCUAAACGGUGUAGAUCCCAGAACUCACGAAAAGGAAGCAUAAAUAAAUGUGUUGUAAGGGGAGGAGGCACCGGCAGAAGAGAGUUUUGGUCAGUCGAAUCAGCCGUGGUCGCGGAUCUGAAAGGUCAAGAUCCACCGGCCAGCCUGGUCUGGCCCACUAAUGCUGUCAACCAAGACGCUGGCGGCGUCAACUAA